AUGAAUUCUGACUCCAGCUCUGUCUCCAGCAGAGCUUCCUCGCCAGACAUGGAUGAGAUGUACCUGAGAGACCACCACCACCAUCACCACCAUCACCACCACCAGGACAGCCGGCUCAACUCCGUCUCCUCCACUCAGAACGACCUAGUGCAGAAGAUGUCCGGGGAAGGCCUCUCCAGGAACGGCUCGAAGGCCGGAGGGGAAGGCAGCAAAUACAAAAUCAAGAAGCAGCUCUCGGAGCAGGAUCUGCAGCAGCUGCGGCUGAAGAUCAACGGCCGGGAGCGUAAGAGGAUGCAUGACCUCAACCUCGCCAUGGACGGGCUGCGGGAGGUGAUGCCCUACGCCCACGGACCUUCCGUGAGAAAACUCUCCAAAAUCGCCACCCUCUUGCUAGCCAGAAACUAUAUCCUGAUGCUCACCAGCUCCCUGGAGGAGAUGAAGAGGCUGGUGGGGGAAAUUUACGGGGGGCACCACUCGGCCUUUCACUGCGGCACGGUGGGACACUCCGCCGGGCACUCGCCCCACGCCGCCGGCACCGUGCACCAGGUGCACCCCAUCCUCGGCAGUGCCUUGUCCUCCGCCAACACCUCCUCCUCCCUCUCCGCCUCCCUGCCGGCCAUAGGCACCAUCCGCCCCCCCCACUCCCUGCUCAAGACGCCCUCGACCCCCCCCGCCCUGCAGCUCGGCAGCGGCUUUCAGCACUGGGCGGGCUUGCCGUGCCCCUGCACCAUCUGCCAGAUGCCCCCCCCGCCCCACCUUUCGGCCCUCACCGCCUCCAACAUGGCCAGGAUCUCGGGGGAGACCAAGGACCUGCUCAAGUGA